AUGACCCAUGCUGUACGGAUAGACCAACGCGACCUGGUGAAUACCACGACCUCGCAAAAGACCAGCGAGAAGUGUACGCACACGGUGCAACCCUACAGAAGAUCCAGCGGCUGUAAGCACUCGGAAUGCGGUGAACUUGUCGCUGGUCACUUUUUAAAAGUCGUUACCCACUUGCGUCGACAAUUUCGCCGGCCCGAUACGAGGCCGCGUGACGUAACCAUAAGGUUGGCUCACACCGCGCUGUUCCGGUCAUCCGAGAGCGCACAUUAUAUAAACGAUGCGUUCGCGCUGAAGCGCGUGCGACGAGCGAAAACCAAGAUGGCGGCGCCGCCCGCCGCCGUGGUGGUCGAACGCGCGUACAAGUACUAUGGCCGGCAGGACAAGCCGGACUACAAGCCGGUACUGAAUUACCUCGACAUGACCGUCGAGAAGGGAAUUAUUUAUGGACUCCUCGGCGCCUCUGGCUGUGGGAAGACCACACUGCUCUCCUGCAUAGUCGGAAGACGGAGUCUUGACAGUGGAAACAUCUGGGUACUGGGCGGAAAGCCUGGUGAGAAGGGCAGCGGCGUUCCUGGACCCAGAGUGGGGUAUAUGCCACAGGACAUAGCGUUGGUGGCGGAGUUUUCGGUGAGGGACGCCGUGUUCUACUUCGGCCGGAUAUACGGCAUGCCCACGCAGAAGCUAAUCGAGCGCUUCGAGUUCCUCACGAGCCUGCUGGAUCUGCCCAGCGGUGGGCGCCUGAUAAAGUCCCUCUCCGGCGGGCAGCAGAGGCGGGUCUCGUUGGCGGCGGCAUUGGUCCACGAACCGGAGCUGCUCAUCCUGGACGAGCCGACCGUGGGGUUGGACCCGGUUCUUCGGGAACGGAUCUGGGACUUCCUUGCCGAGCUGGCCAGGGGCGGGACGACCGUCAUCAUCACGACGCAUUACAUCGACGAAACGAAACAAGCGCACAAGAUCGGGCUCCUUCGAGACGGGCAAUUGCUGGCCGAAGAUUCACCGCGCGAGAUCCUGCGUAAAUACGACUGUGAUACUUUGGAAGACGCCUUCCUCAAAAUGGCGCUCCGGCAACACGAGGUCUCAAAUAGAAGGAGGUCUACGCUGACUUCGUCACCGGACGUGAUCCCAGAGGGCGUGACCGUCGCGGACAGCCGGUACCACUCCCGCGAGGACUUCAACAUAGUCAACAGUAGCACUGACAUGCUUAACACCAAAGAGAAGAUAUCGGACUGCCGGAGUAAAUCAAAGGCGAGGUACAAGGCAGUCUUAAUCAAGAGCAUCCAGCAAUUUUCGAGGCAUCCUGGCGGCUUAAUAUUUUCCGUGCUGUUCCCCAUCAUACAAGCGGUGGCAUUCUUCCUGGCGGUCGGCAGCGACCCAAGGGACCUGCACGUGGCCGUGGUGAAUGACGAAGCGGCUUCUUCACCGUACGGUCUGGACAUUUGCAAGAACGAAAGCCUCGUUACGGUUAUAAGGCACGACGACGAUACAUGUGAUCAGUAUAUGUUGAGCUGCUGGUUCCUAGAAGAGAUGGAGAAACGUAAGCUCUAUCAGGUAGCCUACAACACCAGCGAGGAAGCCAAACGCGCCGUCUCCCGCCGCUCCGCGUACGCGGCCCUUCACUUUUCGGCCAACUUCAGCGACGCGCUGGGCGCCCGGAUCGGCGACGGCGCCAUCGACGACCGCACCCUCGACGACAGCGCGAUCAGCGUCUGGCUCGAUACGGCCGACUACCAAAUCUCGAACUUCAUAAAGCUGCAACUGCACAAGGCAUACGAGAAGUUUACAAAGAGGGCCAUGAUCGCCUGUGGGAGGAACGAAGAUCUGGUGCAGAUCCCCGUCCGGUUCAUGGAGCCGGUGUUCGGCUCGAUGGACUCCCAGAUGGUGGGCUUCAUGGCCCCCGGCAUUAUGAUCACGAUAAUCUUCUUCCUUCCCGCGAUCGUCACGUCCACCCUGCUGAUCUCCGACCGCCUAGAGGGCGUGUGGGAGCGCAGCGCGGUGGCCGGCGUGAGGGCACGCGAAAUGCUACACGUCCACUGCGCACUGCAGGCGGCCGUGAUACUGUUGCAGACGCUGGAGAUGAUGGCGCUAGCGUACGCGGGCUACAGCCUGCCGUCGCGCGGCUCCCUACUGACCUGUGGGGCGCUGCUAUUCUUGCAAGGGCUCAGCGGAAUGUGCUACGGCUUCCUCCUGUCCGUCCUCUGUUCGAGCUACACCGUGUCCUUCUUCGUGGCGACCGGCAGCUUCUACCCGAUGAUACUGCUGUGCGGUAUCCUGUGGCCGCUAGAAGGUAUGUCGGCUGGCCUGAGAGCGGUGGCUCUUGCGCUGCCCUUCACGGUCCCAUCAAGGUCGUUGCGGGACGUAAUGGAAAAGGGCUCUUCCAUACUGGACCCCGGAGUGUACCACGGCUUCCUCAUCACCGUCGCCUGGAUAGUCAUCACCAUCAGCCUGUGCUUCCUCAGGCUCAAGUACAAGAAGACG